AAAGCUGUGGGUGGUAGAGCUGGGAUUCGUGGACCGUCUGACCUCGAAGCUCGUGUGGGUUCUGCAGCUCGGUCCUGCAUCAUGCACAGUUCCCCAAGCCCAUGCACAGUUUGCAAAGCACAUCAGUAGCAGAAACAGGAGUAGGUCCCAGGUCUCUGCAUACCCGCUGCUCCCUGACGAUAUCAUCUAGCAAUCUGUUUGCUCAGGGCCUGGAUUUGGCCUCUGUCCUGCCCCCUCAACCUCCCACUGGAGACUACUUCUGGGGAAGUUAUGGUGCACAGGAAAGAGGAUGAGAAAGUGGGGAAGACCAGGCUUUUGACUAGCUGAGAGGUAGGGCUGGGGAGCAUACACCUAGGAAGGCUGGCUUCUGUAAAGUAAUUGGGAGGUGGGGGUUUGUGUUUCUCCCAGUUCCAGUUGUCUGAGAAGUUCAGGAAAGUGUGGCUGUCCCCUCUACCCACCUCAAACACACUCCCACCUUCACAGACCCUCCCAAGGACACAGAUCCGGAGGUGGCUCACAGAGAUGUGCAGGAUCAGAUUCAAGGUGACACGCACCAGCAUACACAGAACCACAGGGUUGCCCAGGCCCGGACUCUCCCACAGAGGCGGCAGAUGCACACAGAGGUCAGCCACAGCACCCCACAUGGAGGGCUGCUUACCCACAGAGGUGCAGAGGGUGCCACCUCCACCAGCCACCUUGAAGGUGUUUGAGCCCAGAUGAGUCAUGGCUGGACGACCCCUCCGCAUAGGAGAUCAGCUGGUUCUGGAAGAAGAUUAUGAUGAGACCUACAUUCCUAGUGAGCAAGAAAUUCUUGAAUUUGCCCGGGAGAUUGGUAUUGAUCCCAUCAAGGAACCAGAACUGAUGUGGCUGGCGCGGGAGGGCAUUGUGGCCCCACUGCCUGGGGAGUGGAAACCAUGCCAGGACAUCACAGGUGACAUUUACUAUUUCAACUUUGCCAACGGGCAGUCUAUGUGGGACCAUCCAUGUGACGAACACUAUCGGAACUUGGUGAUCCAAGAGCGGGCAAAGCUGUCAACUUCUGGGGCCGUUAAGAAGAAGAAAAAAAAAAAGGAAAAGAAAGACAAGAAGGACAAAGAGACCCCCAAAAGUUCCCUGGCCCUGGGUUCCUCAUUAGCCCCAGUUCAUGUUCCUCUUGGGGGCCUGGCUCCUUUACGAGGCCUUGUGGAUACCCCACCCUCUGCCCUUCGUGGAUCUCAAAGCGUGAGCCUGGGGAGCUCAGUGGAGUCUGGACGUCAGCUUGGAGAACUCAUGCUGCCUUUGCAGGGUCUCAAGACCUCUGCUUAUACAAAGGGUCUCCUGGGCUCCAUACACGAGGACAAGACUGCUCUCAGCCUCUUGGCUUUAGGAGAAGAAACUAAUGAGGAGGAUGAGGAGGAAAGUGACAACCAGAGUGUCCACAGCUCAAGUGAGCCUCUUAAGAACCUACACCUGGACAUUGGGGCACUGGGGGUUGACUUUGAGUAUGAGGAGUCUCUAAGAACAAGCCAGCCAGAGGAGAAGGAUGUUUCUCUGGAUUCAGCUGCUGCCAGUCCCCCUGCUCCCUGCAAGCCGUCCAGCCCAGGUGCAGACAGCAAUCUGAGCAGUGCUGAUGGCAAAGGGCGACAGGGAAGUGGGGCAAGACCUGGGCUCCCGGAAAAAGAGGAAAAUGAGAAGAGUGAACCUAAGAUUUCCAGGAAUCUGGUGACCUCCAAGGCAGACCCUAGGGGCAAUGACCCUGCCGAAGCCUCUGAAAAGGAGGCACCAGAGGACACAGUAGAUGCAGGAGAGGAGGGUUCCAGGAGGGAAGAGGCAGCCAAGGAGCCAAAGAAGAAGGCUUCUGCUCUAGAAGAGGGCAGUUCAGAUGCCAGCCAAGAACUGGAAAUUAGUGAACACAUGAAGGAACUUCAGCUCUCAGACUCCAUAACUUCUGACCCCAAGUCCUUCCAUGGCCUGGACUUCGGUUUUCACAGCCGGAUCUCGGAGCACCUGCUGGAUAUUGAUGUGCUUUCCCCGGCCCUGGAUGGAACUCGUUGGCAGGCCCAGCAACCACUGGGAAUAGAAGACAAGGAUGACAGCCAGUCCAGCCAAGAUGAGCUGCAGAGCAAGCAGUCCAAAGGCUUGGAGAGGUACCAUAGUUCUCUUCCCGCUCUCCAAAUGGAGGGACCUGACUCCGCUGCUCUGCCUGGCCUGACCAGGUUAUCUCCUCCACUUCCACAUGAGGAGCGGGCCCAGAGUCCCCCUCGAAGCCUGGCCACCGAAGAAGAGCCCCCCCAGGGCCCCGAGGGGCAGCCCGAGUGGAAGGAGGCAGAGAAGACUGGGGAGGACUCUGCAGCCAGCCUCAGCCCGCAGCUCUCCCUCCAGAGGGAGCAGGCCCCAAGCCCACCUGCUGCCCACGAGAAGGGCACGGAGCAGCAUUCCCAGGCCGAGGAGCUGGGCCCUGGGCAGGAAGAGGCAGAGGAGAAUGAGGAGAAGGUGGCAGUCAGCCCCACCCCGCCAGUCUCUCCAGAGGUGCGAUUCACAGAGCCUGUGGCUCCCCCAAAGCAGCUCUCAGAGGCUGCACUAAAGGCCAUGGAAGAGGCAGUGGCCCAAGUACGCGAGCAAGACCAGAGGCACCUGCUGGAAUCGAAGCAAGAGAAGAUGCAGCAACUGCGAGAGAAGCUGUGCCAAGAGGAGGAAGAGGAGAUUCUCCGGCUUCACCAGCAGAAAGAGCAAUCUCUCAGUUCCUUGAGGGAGCGACUGCAGAAAGCCAGUGAGGAGGAGGAGGCCCGGAUGAGAGAGGAGGAAAGCCAGAGGCUAUCCUGGCUCCGAGCCCAGAUCCAGUCCAGCACACAAGCAGAUGAGGACCAAAUCAGGGCUGAGCAAGAGGCUUCCCUGCAGAAACUGAGAGAAGAGUUGGAGUCUCAACAGAAGGCUGAAAGGGCCAGCUUGGAACAGAAAAAUAGGCAAACGCUGGAGCAGCUCAAGGAAGAGAUGGAGGCUUCGGAGAAGAGCGAACAGGCUGCCCUGAACGCUGCUAAGGAGAAGGCUCUGCAGCAGCUGAGGGAGCAGCUGGAAGGGGAGAGGAAAGAAGCGGUGGCAAGGCUGGAGAAGGAGCACGGUGCUGAGCUAGAGCGGCUCUGCUCCUCUUUGGAGGCCAAGCACCAGGAGGUGGUCUCCAGCCUCCAGAAGAAGAUAGAGGAAGCUCAACAGAAAGAGGAGGCCCAGCUGCAGAAGUGCCUUGGGCAGGUGGAGCACAGAGUUCACCAGAAGGCUUAUCACAUGGCUGAGUAUGAGCAAGAGCUCAGCAGUCUCCUGCGAGAGAAGCGCCAGGAAGUGGAAGGAGAGCAUGAGAGGAGGUUGGACAAGAUGAAGGAGGAGCACCAGCAAGUGAUGGCUAAGGCCAGAGAGCAGUAUGAAGCUGAGGAGAGGAAGCAGCGGGCUGAACUUCUGGGGCACCUGACCGGAGAGCUGGAGCGCCUACAGAGGGCCCAUGAGCGAGAAUUGGAAACUGUGAGGCAGGAGCAACACAAGCGUCUUGAGGACUUGCGGCGCCGGCACAGGGAGCAGGAAAGGAAGCUCCAAGAUUUAGAGUUGGACCUUGAAACCAGAGCUAAAGAUGUCAAGGCCAGAUUGGCUCUGCUGGAGGUCCAGGAGGAGACUGCCCGGAGGGAGAAGCAGCAGCUGCUUGAUGUGCAGAGGCAGGUUGCUCUGAAGAGUGAGGAAGCCACAGCCACCCAUCAGCAGCUGGAGGAGGCACAGAAGGAGCACACCCACCUGUUGCAGUCAAACCAGCAGCUCCGGAAAAUUCUUGAUGAGCUGCAGGCCCGCAAGCUGAAGCUGGAGUCCGAAGUGGAUCUGCUACAGGCCCAGAGCCAGCAACUGCAGAAACACAUCAGCAGCCUGGAGGCUGAAGCUCAAAAGAAGCAGCACCUGUUGAGAGAAGUGACAGUUGAGGAAAAUAAUGUUUCCCCACAUUUUGAGCCGGAUCUCCACAUUGAGGACCUGAGGAAAUCCCUUGGGACAAACCAGACCAAAGAGGUGUCUUCUUCUCUCUCCCAGAGCAAGGAGGACUUAUACUUGAACAGCCUGUCCUCCCACAAUGUCUGGCACCUCCUCUCUACUGAGGGGGUAGCCCUCCGUAGUGCUAAGGAGUUCCUUGUGCGGCAGACACACUCCAUGCGGAGGCGGCAGACAGCUCUGAAAGCUGCCCAGCAGCAUUGGCGCCAUGAGCUGGCCAGUGCGCAGGAGGUGGCCAAAGACCCACCAGGCAUCAAGGCCCUGGAAGAUAUGCGCGAGAACCUGGAGAAGGAGACCAGGCACCUGGAUGAGAUGAAGUCAGCCAUGCGGAAAGGCCACAGCCUCCUGAAGAAGAAAGAGGAGAAACUGAAUCAGCUGGAGUCCUCUCUUUGGGAAGAGGCCUCAGAUGAGGGCACUCUGGGAGGAUCCCCCACCAAGAAGGCGGUAACCUUCGACCUCAGUGACAUGGACAGCCUGAGCAGUGAAAGUUCCGAAUCUUGUUCCCUGCCUCACUUUGACUCAACCCCAGGUCUUACCUCCCGCAAGAUCCAUGGGCUGAGUCACUCCCUCCGGCAAAUCAGCAGCCAGCUGAGCAGCGUCCUUAGCAUCCUGGACAGCCUCAACCCUCAGUCGCCGCCGCCGCUCCUCGCCUCCACGCCAGCCCAGCUCCCUCCCCGGGCCUCCAAAAGCACCCCCACCCCCACCUACUACGGCUCCCUGGCCAGGUUCUCAGCCUUAUCAUCUGCCACACCCACGUCCACCCAGUGGGCCUGGGAUUCAGGGCAGGGGCCCAGGCUCCCCUCCUCUGUGGCUCAAACAGUGGACGACUUCCUGUUGGAGAAGUGGCGCAAGUAUUUUCCAUCUGGCAUCCCACUGCUCAGCAACAGCCCCGCCCCUCUGGAGAGCAGGCUGGGAUACGUGUCUGCCAGUGAGCAGCUCCGGCUCCUACAGCACUCCCAUUCCCAAGUCCCUGAGGUGGGCAGCACCACCUUUCAGGGCAUAAUUGAAGCCAACAGGAGGUGGCUGGAACGUGUCAAGAAUGACCCCAAGUUACCUCUCUUCUCUUCAACACCCAAGCCAACAGCUACUUUGAGCCUCCUGCAGCUGGGCCUCGAUGAGCACAACAGAGUGAAGGUGUAUCGCUUCUGAGGCCCUGAGCAGGGGCUUGGGGCAGCUCAGCCUCUCCUCCACCCAGACCAAGUGCCUGAGGAGCUGCCUGCCUUCUUCCAUCUGAGGAAGCACCCUUCUGCCCCCUUUGACUUGCAGGAGCCACCAGGGACCAGGGGGUUGAGUGGAACAGUAAAGCCACACAUUCUGUGACUAUAUAACCUAUCUCGGGCUAAAAUGUGCGGACUUGUAACGAGCUCCUGUCAUUGACAUGGCAAGCUGAUGGUGUGGCUGUGGGGCAUCAGGGACGGGAGCCCUUUGGGAGGAAGGGAGAUUAGUUAGAGGAGCUGCCUUCGGAGGCUCAGGGAGUCCCUUUGGAGCUGGUUGUUUCCUUGGCCCUGCAGCGCACUGCUCGGGGCUCCCAAGAAGGUUGUGCAUAUGGUUCUUAGUUCAUCGGGACAGAGACCCCCAGCAUGUGUGUACCCUGGGACCUGGUUUCUCUGGGACCACAUCUAUCUCCAAUACCUCAGCCUCAGAUCAGACCCUUUCUUUUUUAUAUUUCUUUUCUUUCUUAAUUUUUAAAUGCCUUUUUUCUUGAGCAUUCCAUUUCUCUUUUUGACUGUCCAGAGCCCUGCCAGAGGGUGCUGGGGGCUGUCCCUCUGCAGGACUGUGUUUUCCUCGGGGGCUGUCUUCAGGAGCACCCCUCCUGCUCCCUGGGGCUCCUCAGGGAGCCAUUUCAGCUGGAGUCUCAGGUCUCAACACAACUUCUCUGGGAGGCCAAAAAUAGAUUGGGAUGGCUUCUGGUCCUCAUGAUGGUUUUUUUCCUCCUAGGACACGUUGGAUAUAUUCAUGGGCAUUGUUUCCAUCUGUCUUUUCUACCUAUGCCACCCCUGCCCUGAUUCCAAGGCUGCCUCAGGCAGGCAGGUAGGCAGGCAGGCAAGGGGCUAGGCUGGUGCCCAGCCCUGGCAGCAAGGGGUCUUGUGCAGUUGGAGAUGCUGCCGUUGUGGCAGAGCGUCCUGCAGCCCCGAUUCCAUCAGCUGGCUCUUGGGUGGGGGCUUUGCAGGGGAUGCUCUCUGAUGUUUGUUCCGUUGUUUAAAUAAAAUGCACCUAUUUUUGUUUUUUUGCAA